AUUUACGUUACCAAUUUAUUGGGCAUAAACAUAAAUAAUGACCGCCGUACUUCUUCGCCGGAGACUCUCACCGUCGACCAUUUCCCCUAAUCUUUUCUCAAACGCGUUUGGAGCAACAGUUUAUGUACAUGAUUUGUCAAGGCAGUUUAGCAGCUCCAAUGGUGCAGCAAAGUUUGAUUUUACAGACAUGACUCGUCCUCACACAUGGUACCCUAUUGCUCGACGGAAGAAACGAAAUGUAUUUCUUCAUGUAGGCCCAACAAAUAGUGGGAAAACAUACCAUGCAUUGAAGCAGUUGGAGCUCAGUUCUUCAGGCGUUUAUUGUGGUCCUUUGAGAUUGUUGGCAUGGGAGGUAGCAAAACGGUUGAACAAAGCAAAUGUUCCUUGCGACCUGAUUACUGGACAAGAGAAAGAGGUUGUUGAUGGUGCAAUGCACAAAUCUGUCACAGUAGAGAUGGCCGAUGUCAAUCAUGAAUAUGACUGUGCGGUUAUUGAUGAAAUCCAGAUGCUAGGGUGCAAGACACGAGGAUUUUCAUUUACACGUGCUCUUUUAGGAAUUGCAGCCAGUGAGCUUCACCUGUGUGGAGAUGCUGCUGCAGUUCCACUAAUUGAGGAUAUUUUAAGUGUUACUGGUGACAAUGUACAGGUACAAUACUAUGAGCGGCUUUCACCACUCACUCCAUUAAAAAAACCUCUUGGGUCGUUUUCAAACAUCAGAACUGGUGAUUGUAUUGUGACUUUCUCACGCCAUAAAAUAUACAAACUCAAGAGAAAAAUUGAAGAUGACGGAAAACAUCUGUGUUCUGUGGUUUAUGGUUCAUUGCCUCCUGAAACACGAUCAAGGCAGGCAACAAUGUUCAAUGAUGAAAGUAGUGAGUUUGAUGUUCUUGUAGCAAGUGAUGCCAUUGGCAUGGGUCUCAAUCUUAACAUUUCUAGAAUUAUAUUCUCUGAAUUGGAGAAGUUUGACGGACUGGAAAUGCGGCCACUUACUGUACCAGAGAUAAAACAAAUUGCUGGUAGAGCUGGCAGGUAUGGAUCUAAAUUUCCUAAUGGUGAAGUGACUUGUUUAGAUGCAAAAGACCUACCUUUGAUUCGUUCUUCACUAAACUGCCCAUCUCCAAUUCUAGAGAGCGCUGGAUUAUUUCCUACCUUUGAUCUCCUAUACAUGUACUCUCGAUCACAUCUAAAUUGUGGCCUGUGCCAAAUACUGGAACAAUUUAUGGAGAAUGCCAAGUUAUCUCCGAACUAUUUCAUUGCUGAUUGUGAAGAAAUGUUGAAAGUUGCUGCAGUACUUGACGAGCUGCCAAUUUCCUUGCAUGAUAAGUAUCUUUUCUGUCUUAGUCCUGCUGACAUGAGUGAUGAAAUUUUAUCUCAGGGACUCACGCAGUUCGCCCACACAUAUGCAAAGACACGCAUUGUUCGACUUCGAGAAAUCUUUAAUCCAGGCACGCUUAAGGUGCCAAAGACUCAAACUGAACUCAAGGAGCUUGAAUCAAUUCAUAAGGUCUUGGAGUUAUACGUCUGGUUAAGUUUUCGGUUCGACGAUUCAUUCCCAGAUCAAGAACUUGCAGCAUCACAAAAAUCAAUUUGUGGUUUGUUAAUUGAACAUUUUCUGGAAGGAUCAGGGUUUCAGAAGCCACUACCAAAGAAAUUAAGGCAAUAUCGAUAGCAUGAACAGACCAUCACACCAAUCACUGUGCACAUAUGGUCAUAUCCCACUUUUGUUCCAUUCUUUUACAUCAACGGGAAGAAAGUAGAGCAGUUACCAAAAGUGAAAGUCAACCAGUUCAGGUAAAAGUAGCUUUAACAAGCAAGUUUUCAGGACUUAAUGUUUCUUUGCGUUGCUGAAUGGACGUGGGGGAUUGUGCUAAUUUGAUGCAGGAUAGUGUAUAAUAUAUGUGGAAACGAUCAACGAAGGACAUGUUCGAUAGAUUUUAUUUUCUGAAUAUAACUUAAGUUUAUUAUUAAUUUUUUUACAUGUAGAAAAAUAAACUUCUAGUCUUCUAGAUAUGCCCAUUUUUAUGCAUCCAUUGUUUAGCAUAAGGCCGGCAUUUGGUCGAGCUGAGUUAGUUGAUGAGGUUAACUUGAGUAAGGAUCUCCAUUCUUGAUGUUCUUCUGGGCCGAAUCGUGUCUGAUGACAAUAUGUACAUCCUUUGCUCUUUUUGGAUGAAACAGUUUUGGUGCAUACACUCUACAGCUCUUCUUUUCA